ACCUACCCCCUCGGCUCCCAGCUGCACCUUGUCCCCUCCAGGGCUCUGCCCGGGGCAUCCCUCCGGCCCGUCCCACGCGGAAAGGGGCCUCGGGGGGCCCGGCUCCUAUCCUGCCCGGCUGAUGGCAUGGGUUCGGGGCGUGUCCUGCCUCCAGGACCGCCUUCGCACUUGCCAAGCCUUCCCACCUGAGGCGGGAUCACUGGCACCCCGGGGACCCGAGGGGGCUGGCCCGACUUCCACUUUCCUUCCGUUCCCCGGCUAGGUCCUAGCUUUUGGCUGGCACGCUGAAGGGAGGCUGCUUUGGCCGGCUGUCAAGGGCAGGACCUGAGCAGAACCAAGGUCCAGAGAUGUUUAGUAACUUGCCUAAUGUCACACAGGUAGAACCGGGAUUUAAGCCCAAGUCCUAUGAAUGUAAAUCAGGUGGCUUUUUCCAACUGUAAGGGACUGGCUCCCACAGCAGCCCAGUAAGACCAAGAAGCUGAUGUUAAACGACUUGACUGUGAAUCUGGAUAAAAAUAAAAACCAAACCUCUGACGAAGUUUAAGUUGACUUUUACAUACUGCUUUAAGUUUGUCGAAGUGCUUUAACUUCAUAUUUGAUCCUUAGAAGAACCUCGUGAGGAAAUAAUCCCUUUGACAGCUGUGUGGAAGGAGAAUCGGAGUGGAGAGAGACCAAUUAUGAGCCUCUCACAGUAGUUCAGGCAUUCUUCCCUGGUUACAAUGCUAAGGCUGCUUGUGUUUGGGGUGCUACUUCGUGACAUUCUGGGGAGCAACCGAGAUGAAAUUUCUCACCCAAAAGACUUUCCGGGAGCAUUGCCAUCCACCUACUGGAGCCUCCACUUGCCCGAAGAGCACAUUCCUUACUUUCUUCACAACAACAGACAUCUUGCUGCAGUCUGUGACAAAGAUCCUCGAUGCCCUUAUAAAAAACAUUUAAAGCAUCUUGAAUCCUGCUGGGGUUAUGAGAAAUCUUGCAGGCCAGAGUCUCGAUUUGGCUAUCCCAUUUGUAGUUACGUGGAUAUGGGAUGGACGAAUACCAUUGAAUCAGCUCAGGAGAUAUUCUGGAAACAAGCAGAUUUUGGUUAUGCAAAAGAACGCCUGCAUGAAUUACGGACUCUCUGCCAGCCUAUGGAAAAAGGUGAUUCCUGGCUAGUUUGCUCACGCUACCUUCAAUACUGCAGAGCAUCAAACUUAUACAUUGAUCUAAGACAAGUGAAGAGAAAUCAUGACAGAUUUAAGGAAAACUUCCUACAGAAAGGUGACAUAGGAGGUCAUUGUAAACUUGAUGUUCGCACAUUGAUGUCUGAAGGUCAACGUAAAAGCCCUCUACAGUCUUGGUUUGCUGAACUACAAACAUACACAGAGCUAAGCUUCAAACCUAUCGAAGAUGGCAAGUGUGACGUCAUAAUCGAAAAGCCAACCUACUUCAUGAAGUUAGAUGCAGGUGUUAACAUGUAUCACCACUUCUGUGAUUUUAUCAAUCUCUACAUUACUCAGCACGUUAACAAUUCCUUCAGUACAGAUGCCAACAUCAUCAUGUGGGAUACUAGCUCCUAUGGAUAUGGGGACUUGUUCAGUGAGACUUGGAAGGCGUUCACUGACCAUGACAUCAUCCAUUUGAAAGUGUAUGACUCAAAAACGGUCUGUUUCAGGGAAACUGUCUUUUCCUUACUUCCCCGAAUGAGAUAUGGAUUGUUUUACAACACACCACUGAUCUCAGGCUGCCAAAAUACUGGAUUAUUUCGCGCUUUUUCCCAGCACGUGUUGCACAGACUGAACAUCACAUGGGACGGACCACAGGAUGGAAAAAUCCGUGUCACCAUCCUUGCUCGAAGUACAGAAUAUCGGAAGAUAUUGAACCAGAACGAGCUUGUAAAUGCAUUGAAGACUGUGUCUGCGUUUGAGGUCCGAAUAGUGGAUUACAAAUACAAGGAGAUUGGCUUUUUGGAACAACUGAAGAUUACGCACAAUACAGACAUAUUUAUCGGCAUGCAUGGAGCUGGCCUGACUCAUUUGCUCUUCCUCCCAGACUGGGCUGUGAUUUUCGAACUGUACAACUGUGAGGAUGAACGCUGUUAUUUGGACCUAGCCAGGCUGAGGGGGAUUCACUAUGUCACCUGGAAGAAAAAGAGCAAAGUCUUCCCUCAAGAUAAGGGUCACCACCCAACUCUAGGAGAGCACCCCAAGUUUACAAACUAUUCUUUUGAUGUAGAAGAAUUUAUGUCUAUCGUCCUCUUGGCUGCAGAUCAUGUCUCUCAACACCCAAAGUGGCCAUUUAAGAAAAAACAUGAUGAACUAUGAAAAAGAAAUGUCAAUUUUUUCCCCACCCCAUCAAUUUCACCGGAGUGGAAUGGAAACCAACAAAAUUUAAAUACUUGAGCACCCAAGCUCACUAAUUUUUUAAACCAAAAAAGUGCCAAGUUUAUACCAAAAUGGACAUCUAGAAUGUCGAAGUGUUUGGACUAUGGUCUUUCUUGACCGAUCUUUCUGAUUUCUAUAUUGUUGCUAUUUAUCAAGAUGGUUAAGACUUUUGCACUGAUCAUUUUAAUUCUUCCAUUUUGUAAAUGUCUUCAGGCUCAUAAGAAUGGUCAAUUUUUUUGGUUAGUGAUAAUGACAGUUUCAUGGGUAAGUUACAGAGCAUUCUGUCCUCAGAAUCUGCCAAGUUUUUUUUUUUUUUUAGUUAUUUUCAGUUUUAUGAUAGGAUAGUGAUUGUAAUUUCAAACAUCACUUUAGCUUAUUUCUGAUAUAUUUGGAUUAAUAGGACCAUAGAUUUAGAGCCCAAAGGAAUCUUGGAGCCUAUAGGAGGGACAUGAAUUCUGAGAACUCAGACACUUACAGAGAAGGAAACUUACAAGAGUAGGGAACUUGGAGUCCAACUUCAAUCUAACAAAGAGAGUUGGUUUACAAGAGAAUAAUUCAUUUUGCAAAAGAGAAAAUUAUGACCCAGUGAGGUUAAGAGAAUUGCUUAGGAUCAACAGCUUAACAAGGGUCUGGGGGCAGAAUUUGAAUUCAGGUCUUAUUGAAUCCAAAUCUCUAUCCACCAUAUCUUUAACAAAGAACUUGUUCUUCUUCCCCAUAAACUAACCCUAACGUGGGACAUGGGAAAAAAUAGAAUUUCAAGUAUAAUAAGACAAUAAUUCCUUCAACCUUAGUUUGAUUUUUUCAGUCACCUAGUGGUGUCAAGUCUCCUGAGGUUAAAUUGCAUCCUAUGCAAUUGUGAUGGAAUGUAUAUUAACUAACAGGGGUCAACUUUUUUGUUUUUGUUUGUUUUUUGUUUUGUUUUGUUUUGCGGGGCAACAGGGGUUAAGUGACUUGCCCAGGGGUCACACAGCUAGUAAGUGUCAAGUGUCUGAAUCUGGAUUUGAACUCGGGUCUUCCUGAAUCCAGGGCUGGUGCUUUAUCCACUGCACCACCUAGCUGCCCUAGGGGUCAAGUUUUUAAUGUGAACUAUGCAUUGUAUGGCAAAGUAUUUAAUUUUUCUCGGUUAAGUAGCAAUAUUUUGGUUAACUUUUACCUUUAAUGAGGGAAAAUAACCCCCCCCAUCUUGUAAAUUGUCUCUUGUUAAAGAUGGAUUAGGUUCUGUUGUUGGGGUAGAUAAACCCCUACUUCUCUGGCUCACCACCUCCAUGGAAGGAUCCAAGUUUUAGGCCCUCAUAUGUUUGUGUAUUCAACCUGAUUGUCAAUGUCGAGCAUCUUUUUUUUUUUAAUUAAAAGAAGAAAGCAUCUAGUAGAUUAGAAGGUGCCACCAUUAUGAAAACAGGUAAGAUCUUAUUAAACUCUAUCUACAUAUGGAAAAAGUAUUAGGAUCAACUCUGCUAUUUAUGCCUUUCUGGGAUGCUUCAUUUCUGUUGUUAGAAUUCAUUCUGUUGCAAGAUGUGAAGUUUACAAUUGCCUAAACACUUGCAGAGUUUAAUUUCUGAGGCUCUCGACUGCCUUUUGUUAAAUGACUGUAAGUGACUUCCUAGAAGUUAGGCCUAUUAAUUCUACUGCCUAUGAGAAUCCAGAUGAAUGGCUGUCGCACUGACUGAUACACAGGUUGGUUUGGGCCCUAGAAAAAUCCUGUUCUCAGAAACUUGGCUGAUUGCAAUGGAUUUUCUAAUCAUGGUUGUUGCUGCUUUUCUAUGUGCAGAAUACCAAGGAAUUAUUCAGGAACACAUGCUUCACAAAAGGGAAAUGGAAAAACAAAGUCGCAUUUUAGAGCAAGAUCAAACAUUUUAAAUGCAGUAUUUCUGUAUUUGUGUUAUUACCUCAUUUUACAGAUGUGUCUAGGACAAUGCUGUUUUGUCAAAUAGCAUGAAUUUCAGAACGUUUAGCUUUUUUUUAGAGGAGCUCUAUAUUAUACUUUGCACAUAUUGUAGAGAGAAUGGUAAAUUUUAUAGAAACAGGAGAAUGCAUCUGAUAAUUUUGUGGUUAACUUAUCAGGCUUAAAAAAAUAGGAGCUGUUCUAGCAUUUGAAAUUUUACAAUUUUUCAAGUUUCAAAAUUUUAAAAUGAAAAGCCUGCUACUUUUAUUGAUCCAAAUUAUUGAGAUAAACCUGUAAAAAGCCUGUGAUGUCUUUUGCCCUUUUUUGGGGGGAGGGGGGAACAUGCUUUUGAAAUAAAUACUUUUUUUUGUAUUUUAUUUUGAAUGUCAGUUUUAUUUUUAAAAUUCUUUUUCUCUUUGAAUAUUAUGAGCUUCUUUCCUUGGGAAUCUUAUUUAAUUGGUUUGUGGCCCAUAAACUUUGCCUUGCUCAAGAGACCUUGCUUUGAACAGCCAGCAAAGGAAAAUACAACUUUCUCAGUGUUAUUAUGAAGUGACAAGAAUACCUGAAAUCUGGAGCCAUUUUCUUUUCUAUUACCAUUGUGAGUGACAUCAGAAAGUUGGGGUAACUUCACCAUUUAUAUGACCUCCUUUGUAUUUGUCUUUCCUAAGGAUUGAAUUUUGAUUACAGUUGAAUUCUGAUUUUUUCUCAGCUAUUUUCUGGAGAUUAAAAUAAGCACCUCACAGUUAUGACUCAUGGUGGUGGUGUGAGUCUGGCCAAGUCUCUUGACAUGUCAGGGUCUUAACAUAUAGCUUUCUAAAACUGAUGCUGAUUAUCAUAGGUAAAACAACUGUAUCUGAAACUCCCUGUGGGUAUACCGAGGAAAUCACAAAUCUGGUCCCUAUCCCCUCUCCCUUGGUGAUAUUAUCUGAAAAAAGAAUAAGGCUUCCAGACAUAUGUUAGAGGCAGCAUGGCAUGGUGGAUGGGGGACUGGCUUUAAGCUUAGGAAAACCUGGGUUCAAAUCCCAUCUCUGAUACAUAAUGGCUGGAGUCCUUUAACUUCCCAGUGCCCUAGGGAACUUUCUAAACCUCAAAGUGGCCAAUGAACUGCUGAUCUGUCUGGCUGAAAGGAGUUUCCAUUUCCACACUGGGAGUCCACUAUACUGAUAGAGCCAGAUGUCUCUUCUGCCUCCCCAAACAGAACAACAUAUAUCAUACAUAUAAUAUUAUACCAUACUACCACUUUAUAAUUGUUAUACUAUAUCAUAUUAUAUCAGAUAUAUGAAAUAAAAACAUACAAAAUGACAGAUGAUGUUUUCCUGCACUUUACUAGAUAAGGAUUAUUCAGUGAAAAAAUUUAUGAGAAUCAAACUUCUAACUGGGCUGUAUUUUCGCAAUGGUGCUUUAGAAAUUCCCAAAAGAAGGAGAAGUAGUGGUGGUGAUAGUAAUAGUAGUAGAUGAUUAAUACUCAUAGAAAACUCUUUUCCCAUUAGUGCCAGUAUCCCCUCCAUUAGUAUUAGUCACUACCCAUCAAUUGUCUUCUUAUAUGUGAUUUUUAUCCAUGUUCUCUCAUAUGUCUUCUAGAAAGGGUGGGCCCAAUCUGCUGGAAACCUUUGUUCGGUCUUUUGAUAUUCCAUGGGAACCAAAGAAGCUUGAGGGUGAGGAGUGGGGAUCUGUUACUCCAUCCUCUUCCUACAUUCCAUCCCCUUUUAUAAUCACAUAUUUCUUGGGUCUCCAUUUUUCCCCCUCGUGACAAUUUUUACUGAAUGUAAUAAUAAAGCUUUAUUAAAUUUUCUUUUUUAUUAUUCUGAACUUGACAAACACCGACCAAUAUGAACAUCUCUACAUCCAAAGAAAAGAAGCAAAAAGAGGGUUAGAUACAAAACUGAAACCAUUAUACAAAGCUUGUUUUUUAAAGUAUUAUUAGAUAUGUUAAUAUCAAAUAUUAAUAAAGAUAUUAAAUUUAA